UUGGUAUUGUCAUGAAUUUGAAGUGGUGUUCAGCGAACUGGAAUAGUCUCGUUUAAGAUGAUUUCUUUUAAGAUUAUUUUGGUUGUUUUUUGCAUCCUUUUGCCCUAUAAAACAACCUGUAAUCGUUCAGAAGAAGGAAGUUUCCCCAAAGGCCAUCUACUUCCACUUGGAAGUCACCAAGAUCCAGACAACACGCUCAUCGAUGAACUCGACGAAAUCCCUUCAGCAAAAGAGUUUUGGGAGAAGUACGUUAAGACUUCCAAAGCUGUCGUUCUUCGAGGAGCCGCUAAACACUCUCCAGCGUUUUCCAAGUGGACAGACGAUUACAUGAAGGAAAACUUUGGCGAUUUGGAAGUGAGGUUGGAAAGAAAGAAGGAGAAAAGUGGCCGAAUUCCCGUAGGUGUCAAGGGAAUUGGCCGRGAUACUAUAGGAAAUUUCAUUGAAAAUUAUCAUAAAAGUAAUUCAUACAUUGUAUCUGAACUACCAACWCCUAUGUGGAAAGAUAUCCACGUCCAACCUUGUAUUGCAUGUGGUACCAUGGGAAACCGACUUGUUGAAGUUGACUUGUGGWUGAGUGGAGGGGGCUCAAGUAGCAUAUUACACAAGGAUGCCUUCAAUGCUAUUAACUGCCUGUACAAUGGCACUAAAGARUGGAAAAUGAUUGAAUAUAAAUAUGAAAAGAUGAUUUAUAAGGCAUAUGAGCCUGACAGAGAAAUUGGAGGAUUCUCAAGAAUUAAUCCACAAAAAGUUGACUUGCUCAAGUACCCGAAAAUUGCUGAAGUUCCCUGGUCAUUUGUAACAAUYAAUGCUGGCGAUUGCUUGUUUCUUCCAAAAAGUUAUUACCAUCAAGUGACAUCCUAUGGUACCAUGAACGUUGCUGUUGCCAUCCUAUUUUCGCGAUUUGAUCGCGUCAGUAGUAUUGCCUUUGAUGGUUGCCAUGACAAUGUCACUUAUACUCCUCUUAGUGAGUUGGACAUGGACUGGAAGUAUCYGGGACAUGGAAACCUUAGUAUGGGAAACCCAGACUUGGAGGAUGUAAGGUCAAUGAUGAAAGAAACCUUUUCUGGUGAAAAUCCUUCUGGAAAAAUUGUGGAACUUUUUAGAGAGAUGUUUCCAGAGAAACCAAAUGAGUGGUUUCUAGCAAAGAUUAUAAAUGCUGUAAAUACAGAUGGAAAAAAAGAAAUCAAGUCAGAUCAUAUCCAGAAACUUGGUAGAGAUGAGCURCGRAAAAUAGCAAUGGCUAUUGAACCAACUGAUCUCUCAAACACAGAAAUGCAUGAAUACACCUAUGUCUCCCCAGAGAAUAUACGCUGGAUUAUCAAGCAACUUGUUGAUGCUGAGGGUAAAAUGGACAAGAAGAAGUUCAUUGAUAACUACCGAAAGGAAGCACUUGGGACAGAAAAGUUUGCAAAAGAGAUUAUUUCAAAACUAACAAAAGAUGCCCAGAGAAGUUGGGUCACAUUAGAAGAAAUCAACACCAGCCUAGAUAUGGCAGUUUCACCUUAUGAAGACAAUCAGAGGGAGGAAUAUAUGCCUCCAGGACAAACACAACCAGAAACAGAUGAUGCAUACUCACUUGAAGACAGUACUGAAGAAGAUCCGAGCAGUCAUGAAAAACAUGACCAUAUAGAACUUUAAACAUCUCUUAGAAUAUAGUGAAAAUGUUGCAUAUGCUCCUCUAUAAAGAAAGUUAAGGGCAGAAUUGUCUUAAAAGAUAGUUUAUAUUACCUGGUUACACCUGUUGCGCCUUUUAAGCCCACAAUUAAUUCCUACAGCACAAUUACAACAUUUUAUAUAUUUAUUACUAAUAACAGAUACUGUUUGUAAGAUAUAAUGUCUCAAUGUGAAAAGAAUUGUUAAUGAUA